GCGCUCUUAAGAGUUUUGUCCUCGCUCGGUCUCCGUAUAGUACACGCCUCUGAUUGGUCAGUUCACGGUCCAUGCAAAAUACAAUCGUUUGGAAGACGUAGCUCGGAUCACAGCAAAGAUGAGUUUGAGAAAGCAGACCCCGAGUGACUUUCUGAAGCAGAUCAUUGGGAGACCUGUGGUGGUCAAACUGAACUCUGGUGUGGAUUACAGAGGUGUCCUGGCCUGCCUGGAUGGUUACAUGAACAUUGCCAUCGAGCAGACUGAGGAGUAUGUCAACGGGCAGCUCAAGAACAAGUAUGGAGAUGCUUUUCUAAGAGGAAACAAUGUCCUUUACAUCAGCACCCAGAAGAGGAAAGUGUAGUGAAGACCCUUGUUUUUUAUUUUUUAUUUUCAGUGUUUGAUAUGUCGGUGGACAACUGUCCUAUGUUGUUGGUUCUGUAAAGCCUGAAUACCUGUGUUUGAUUUUGUCAAAUCGGAAUAUGUUAAUAAAUCCCCAGUUUUGAUUUACAUCUGAUUUGGUGAAUAUUUUUUUGUACGCAUUUUGGUUUGAACUUCGCAAAGAUAACAAUGUUUUUUUUCUUUCCUCAAGUCUUUGUAAAAAUGUUAAUGCUGGGUUUGAGGUAACGGUAUCAUUUCAACAGGCCUUGUUCUCAAAAAGUUUGUUGCUCAUAUCUUUGGAUUUAAUUCUUGAAUUCGGGCUUCUUCACAAGUGCCAGUGGGAUUGUUGCAGGGGAAUACAGAUUUUUGGCUUAAAUCCCUCUAAGUUCAUCCCUGGAGGAAGCAAAUCUACCAAUGUUUUACCACAAGGCUUCAAAGGGAUUAGAACUCAAAUUUGUAAUUUGCCUGUACUAAUUUUGUAGUUGAUCUUGAUACAAAUUGCCUACAGAAAGCAAUUACUGAAUAGCCUGUGUACACAUGUACUUAACAUCCUGCGCUUGCUUUAUAAUUUAAGUAAUUCGAACAGGUGUUUUCAUUAUUGGAAAUAAAAUAAAGCAAGUAUUGUUUCACAUAUUAAAAAGACUGCAUUUCUACUGAAA